UUUAUCAAUUUGUCUCAAAUAUAAACAUCAAAUUUCGAUAAAAUAAAAAAUUCAGACCUUAUUUAGCACAUAAAAAUGGAAUCUUUCCAUAUCUUUACUUCUGCUUCUGUUUUCUUUGCCUUUCUUUUCUUUUCCCAUAUUCUCUCUCUCUGGAAACAAUUGGUGGCUUUUGUCUGUGACUCUUUGUGUUUAGUGUCGCCACUCAUAAAAGGCAGAUAUAUAGGUUAAACUCAGAAAAAUUCUGCCCAAUCCCACUUGUUCUUUGCUUCCAUUUUCAUUGCUAAAUGAGCUUGGAUUGAGAUCCUUUUUAACUAAAUAUCUCACUUUGGGUUCGAAUUUGUUCGAAAGGUCUCGAUAAAUUCGAACCCAGGAAGCGAAAUGACGAGGCAGAAGAUUCAGAUCAAGAAGAUCGACAACACGGCGGCUAGGCAGGUGACUUUCUCCAAGAGGAGAAGAGGGCUUUUCAAGAAAGCUCAUGAGCUUUCAACUCUAUGUGAUGCUGAGAUAGCUCUCUUAGUGUUUUCAAAUGCUGGGAAGCUCUUUGAAUACUCCAGUACCAGUACAAGGCAGGUGAUUGAAAGGAGAAAUCUGCAGUCAGAAAGGAUCGAUCGAUUGGAUCCAAUUUCAACCCUUGAGCUUCAGCUUCAAAGUAGCACAUGUGCCAUGUUGGGCAAGGAAAUAGCAGAAAAGACCAAAGAGCUGAGACAGCUGAGAGGAGAGGAGCUUCAAGGGUUAGAUCUUGAAGAAUUAAAACAUCUAGAGAAAUUACUUGAAGGAGGCCUUAACCGAGUCACUCAAACAAAGGAUGAACUAUUUUUCAAAGAAAUCAGCAUCCUUAAAAGGAAGGAAGUAGAACUGAUGGAAGAAAACCAGCAAUUGAAAGAGAAAAUGGGGAAUUCACCUCAUGUGGUCCAACCAACUGUGGCUCAGCAAGGCCUAGGCCAGCCAUCAGAGUGCAACGGCCAUGCAUGGAGAAGCUAUAGCUCUGACAUUUCUCUUAGACUGGGGUUACCUUACCCUAACUGACUGUUGAAACUUGAAAGGAUAGAGGGGAUGGUGUCGAAAAGUCAUCAUCAUCAUCACCAUGCAUGAUUUUAUUAUCUUCAAUGGCGUGUGUGUAUCAGUAAAUAUAUAGAAUGUGGCUGGUGUAUACGCAUGUAUGAGUAUGUAUUUAUAACCAACUUAUGGCAGAUAAUAAAGUUUGUUCAUCAUGAGUUGGUAAUUUGUUUCCGGAAAACCUCCAUUACAAUAAAUUCGGUGUAUAAUUCAUGUGACGAGAGCCCAUUUUGUGGUCUAAAUUUGCAUCAUACAGCGAAGUGUAUAUAAAUUAACGUUAUUGGAUUUACAAUUAUUUGAAAAAAGAAAAAGCUGCAAA